ACGUCAAAUUUGACAAACUAACCUCGAAAUAAAAAGCAAUCUACUUUGUGUGUAAAUAAACAAAAUCAAAUUUCGCAAACGUUUCUCAGUAAUUUGGCAGUUUUAUGCUAAAAGUUUAACAAGUUUACUUCAAAAGUAAAUCAUGGCCGAUAACAAAAAGUCCGGUCCCGGUGGGGGCCCCGGCGGAGACCGCGGUGGUGAUCGGGGAGGUGGUUCCGGGGGCGGCGGUGGCGACAACAAGGAAAAACGCCGCAAGGAAUCCAUCCUGGACCUGAGCAAGUACCUGGAAAAAACGAUCCGGGUCAAGUUUGCCGGCGGGCGGGAAGCCGCGGGUGUCCUCAAGGGGUACGAUCCGCUGCUCAACCUGGUGCUGGACAACACGGUCGAGUUCCUGCGUGACCCGGACGAUUACAAGCUGGCGGAGGAAUCGCGACAUCUCGGGCUCGUCGUGUGCCGGGGGACAUCCGUGGUGUUGAUCUGUCCGCAGGAGGGCAUGGAAUCGAUACAGAAUCCGUUCAUCACACAGGAAGGUUAGAGGGGGGGCGGGGAAGGGGGAAUGGAAAGUUCGGGUUUCUUGCUUUUUGGGAAUCUUAUUUAUUUGUUACUUUUCGAAGAUCACGGGAAUGCCACAACGAUUGCGGUUUUGAAUUUUGCAUUUUCACGAUUUGCCAACAUUCUUCACGAAUUAAUUUCUCUUUCUUUUUUGGCACCUAAAACGUACAUCUUAACAGCAAACUUAUCCCUACUUUGUAUAAGUUAAAUAUUGCAACAAAUAACGAAUGUAUUUAACAAAACGUUAACAA